AUGGUUUGGGCCGGGGUGACCGCUGAUGGAAAAACACCUCUUGUUUUUGUGCAGCCAGGUGUGAAAAUUGAUCAAAAUUACUACGAAAAAGAAAUUUUGAUGAGGCAUAUGAAGCCUUGGGCUGAUAAUCACUUUUCUGGAGCACCUUGGAUCUUUCAACAAGAUUCUGCACCAGCACAUCGUGCAAAAAAGACCAUGGAGUGGUUUGCCAAGCAAAACGUGGAUUUCAUUACCCCGGAAGAAUGGCCUGCAAAUUCACCUGACAUCAAUCCUAUGGAUUUCGCCAUAUGGGGAAUCUUGAAGGCAAAGGUCUCAUCAGCUCCACAUGCUAAUUUGGAUGAUCUGAAAGCCACCCUUAUCAAGGAAUGGGCAAAAAUCCCCGUUGAGACUCUCCGUGCCGCGGUCGACGAUGUGCCGAAGCGACUUAGGGCUUGCAUGAAGGAAAAAGGAGGAAACUUUGAGAUU